AUCUUAACCUCUCUCUCUCUCUCUCCGUCCAUUACUGAGCUCACAAGCUUCUUCAAUGAGUCGCUUUCGCCAGCUCGCUCCGCGUGACGAUAUCCACUCGUGCAAAUAGCCAUUGCUGCUGCUGCUGCUGCUUUGCUUGCUCUUUUCGCUGCUUCGCCUUUCGUGCUUCGAAUCGAUUCCGAGGACCUGCGCUGAUGAUUUGAUUCGACUCCGGAUGGGUUCGCUAGAGGACUGCCUCCCGGUGAAGAGGGAGCCUUCUCUCCGCGCGCAAUCGUCGACCAGAGCGCGAGCUAGAUCGAGGUUCUCGCGGUUCCUGCUCCUCACGAAGCUAGAUUUCCGGAAAUGGAUGUGCGCGGUGGCCGCCUUCCUCUGCAUCGUCGUCAUGUUCCAGAUGUUCCUUCCGUUGGAAAAAUCCCUGGCUCCGUCCAAAUGGAAGGACAUAUAUUAUGGCGAUUUGGCACACUUGGAGGAGACAGGUAGUCUAGAUUUUGGGAAGGACUUCAGAUUCGGAACUCCAAAGGUUUUUGAGAGAUUUCGCAAGGAAGCUAAUGUGUUGAACCGGUCAUACCAUCAUAAUUUGACUCUACGUCGUUAUGGACACCUUAAACCCCAGCUUGCACUGGUUUUCGGUGAUCUUGUGGCUGAUCCGGAGAAGCUACUAAUGGCGACUGUUGCAGCUGCCCUCCAAGAUAUUGGUUAUGAAUUUCAGGUAUUUUCGCUUGAAGAUGGUCCAGUCCGUGAUGUCUGGAAAAGCUUAGGAGCUUCCAUUACGAUCAUUCAGAACUGUGACAAGGCAGACUUCUUUGUUGAUUGGUUAAACUUCAAUGGCAUAAUCAUUAAUUCUCUUGAAGCUACAGAUGUAUUUACCUGUUUUCUGCAGGAGCCUUUCAAGUCUUUGCCUCUCAUAUGGACCAUCCAUGAUGCAGCACUUGCUAUUCGCUUAAGACAGUACAAUUCACAUGGGCAGAUAGAGCUUGCAAAUCAUUGGAAAAGGUCACUCAAUCGUGCCACUGCUGUUGUCUUCUCAAAUUAUGUGCAGCCAAUGAUCUUCUCUGCAUUUGACAGUGGAAACUUUGUAGUUAUUCCUGGUUCUCCAGCUGAAGCAUGGGAAACAAACCCUAUGAUGGCAUCAUACAAAGACAACAUUCAAGACAAUUUGGAUCUUGGACCUAAAGAUAUCAUGAUUGCAAUUGUUGGAAGUCAAUUUUUGUACAAGGGUCUGUGGCUGGAGCAUGCGCUAAUUUUAGAGUCUAUGUUGCCACUUUUAGCUGAUUUCCCAACAGAUAAGGAUUCUAAUUCCCAUCUCAAAAUCAUUAUUCUAAGUGGUUCACUUGGCAAUUACAGCGUGGCUGUGGAGGCCAUUGCGCAUAAUCUGAGAUAUCCUAGCGGAAUUGUGGAGUACAAGGCUGUUGACCAGGAUGCUGACACUGUCUUGAGCAUAGCUGAUCUUGUGAUAUAUGGUUCUUUUCUUGAGGAAGAGUCUUUUCCAGAAAUUCUGGUGAAAGCAAUGUGCUAUGGGAAGCCAAUCAUAGCUCCUGAGCUUGCUGUAAUUAAAAAAUACGUUGAUGAUGGGGUCAAUGGCUAUCUUUUUCCAAAGGAUAAUGUGAAGAUGUUGUCAAAAAUUAUUAGGCACGUUGCCGUGAAAGGAAAAGUGUCUCCUGUGGCUCAUAAUAUUGCUGCGAGAGGAAAGAAUACUGGUAGGGACCUCAUGGUAUCAGAAACUGUUGAAGGGUAUGCAUCAUUACUUCAAGUAGUUCUGAAGCUGCCAUCUGAAGUUGCCCCUCCAAGGGAUGUUUCUGAAUUAUCUCCUAACCAUAAGCAAGAGUGGCAAUGGGAUUUAUUCGAAACCAUACCGAGACCGACGUAUCAGAAGCGAAUUUGGCGGAGUGACCUUUUUCUGGACAAGAUUGAGGAGCGAUGGAACCAUACUCAAAAGGAGAGCUCCAGCUCAAUUAAUGCUGUUGAUGAUACAUUUUCAUAUAGCAUAUGGGAGGAAGAAAAGUAUUUAGAGGUGGCUGCUACUAGAAAGAGAAGGGAGGAGCAGGAGCUAAAAGAUAGAAGUGAUCAACCUCGUGGGACAUGGGAGGAAGUAUAUAAGAGUGCCAAAAAGGCUGAUAGGUUAAAAAAUGAUCUGCACGAAAGGGAUGAACGGGAGCUUGAAAGAACUGGUCAGCCCCUUGGUAUCUAUGAACCUUACUUGGGAGAAGGAAUCUGGCCCUUUCUGCAUGUUUCUUCAAUCUAUCGUGGGAUUGGACUGUCAACCAAAGGGCGAAGACCUGGAGCUGAUGAUAUUGAUGCGCCUUCUCGGCUUCCACUUCUGAAUAAUCCAUAUUAUAGAGAUGCUUUGGGUGACUUUGGGGCCUAUUUCGCAAUUGCAAACAGAAUUGAUCGCAUACACAAGAAUGCUUGGAUAGGCUUCCAAUGUUGGAGGGCAACAGCAAGGAAGGCAUCCUUGUCCGGUGUUGCUGAAAGAGCAUUAUUGGAUGCUAUCCAGACACGUAAGCAUGGGGACACAUUUUACUUUUGGGUGCGGAUGGACCAGGAUCAAAGAAAUCCAUUGCAGCAGGACUUUUGGUCCUUCUGUGACUCCAUUAAUGCUGGAAACUGCAAGUACGCCUUCUCUGAGGCUCUUAAGCGGAUGUACGGCUUAAAACAUGAUUUGGAUGCUUUACCCCCUAUGCCUGUAGAUGGUGACACAUGGUCCGUCAUGAAGAGCUGGGCAUUGCCAACUAGGUCUUUCCUGGAAUUUGUGAUGUUCUCAAGGAUGUUUGUUGACGCAUUGGAUGCACAGAUGUAUGACGAGCAUCAUCAGACAGGACACUGUUAUCUGAGUUUGUCCAAAGACAAGCAUUGCUAUUCGAGAGUGCUGGAGCUACUUGUGAACGUUUGGGCAUUCCACAGUGCGAGGAGAAUGGUAUACGUGGAUCCAGAGACCGGUUUCAUGCAGGAACAGCACAGGUUGCAGGACCGAAGAGGUCGGAUGUGGGUAAAAUGGUUCUCAUAUGACACGCUGAAGAGUAUGGAUGAGGACUAUGCAGAAGAAUACGAUUCCGAUAAACCCAUGAGGUGGUUGUGGCCUUCAACAGGGGAAGUCUUGUGGCAGGGUGUAUAUGAAAGAGAGAGGAACCAAAGACAUAGGCAGAAAGAAAAGAGGAAGCAACUGAGCAAGGAAAAGCUCGGCAGGAUGAAAAAGAGGAAGCGUCAAAAAGUGAUAGGGAAGUAUGUGAAGCCUCUGCCUGAGGAAACAGAUACUUCAAACUCGACAAUGGUUGUCGAGAAGUCUCUAUGAUCAAGUCGAUCAACCAGGUUUAUAGUGAAAAUUCUUUCGUUAGGUACAUGCCCUUGAUUUUCGAUUCUUUUUUUUUUCACCCCAGAAGGAUGCAUCAAUCUGAUAAUUUGCAUGCGAGGUUCUUUUUUUUCUUUUCUGUAUUUUUUGUUCUUUUGUGGCUGUAAAUCCCGCGUCCUUCUGGUAGCUGAUGUGCCCAAUUGGGUAGAUGUGCUCAUAGCCAUUCUUUUCUCAUCAUAGUGGCGUCAAUAGUGACACUGAUAGAUGUACAAACAA